CCAAUUCUUGGAUGACGAAGACUUGCAUGCACGAGUUGACUGAUUUCUUUCGCGGCAGCUUCAUUUAGGCUCCGGUAACAUUCUAAUGAUUCUAUAGUACUGCAAGCAACUUGAAUAAGGAAAAAAUCCAUUCUUUGCCAGUACCAUUUCUGCAAUCAAUACCUGAAAUAUGCUUGUACUCAAACUAUCAUUUCUUUUCCUUUUCCUUCUGCACUUCUAUUUCACAACCAUCUCUGCCAGUCAUAUCCCAGUUCUUGAUAACAUAGCCAUUUCCAGCGGUUCUUCUGGCGUCUUAACUGCAUCCAAUGGCCGCGUUUGGGUUGGAGAUACCGGUUCCAAAUCUUCCACGUUGCUGCAAUUGAGUGGCAAAUCAACCAAGUCAAGAGUCAUCCACCAUCCAGCUGCCUCCGUGGAUGCUGUCCCCUACCUGACCGCACGCAUAUCUCAUCACCACUUCACCUACACAUUCCCCGUCAAGCCUGGCCAGAAAAUCAUCCGUCUGCACUUCAACCCUGUUUCAUACAAGAAUUUCAAGAAGUCUACAGCUCUUUUUUCCGUCAAAGCCGGUCCUUACACCCUUCUCAGCAACUUCAAUGGUUCCCUUACUGCUGGUGCUUCGGGGGCUGGGCAUUUUACUAGAGAAUUCUGUGUCAAUAUAGAGGAAAAUGAAGUAUUGAGCAUAACGUUCUCCCCAGAUCAAGGAAACGAAGGUUCUUCAGAUGACCGAUAUGCAUUUGUCAACGGUAUUGAGAUUGUCUGCAUGCCUGCUGGUCUUUAUUUCACCCCGGAUGAUGGCCUGGGACCCUUUGUCGUUGGCCAGAAAUACAGAUUCUACAUCGACAACAGCACCGCACUUGAGAUGAUUCAGCGGUUAAACAUUGGCGGAAACUCCAUUGCAUCUGUUGAAGAUGGAGGCAUGUUCCGGUCAUGGGAUGAAGACCUCAAUCACUUGCCACAAAACGGAAGCCUUGUAAUUAAAAGGGUCAUUCCAAUCAAGUAUACGCAGGCACCAUCGUAUAUAGCACCAAAGAAAGUCUAUCAAACUGCCAGGUCCAUGGUUCCACAUAUGAAUUUGAGAAGACGCAAUCUUAUGUGGAAAAUACCAGUGGAUUUGGGAUUUAGAUACUUGAUUAGGCUCCAUUUCUCAGAGCUUGAGUUGGGGAUAACGCAGUGCGGUGAGAGGGAGUUCAGGAUUAUCAUAAAUAAUCAAGUCGCUGAAGAUAGUGCUGAUGUCAUCAAAUGGGGUGCUGAACAUGGAGUUGCAGUGUACAGGGACUAUGUUGUGCUGAUGGAGGGAGAUAGGAUGGAAGGUAAGCGUUAUCUAAACAUCACCUUCCAGCCAAAAUUGGUGUUAAGCGGUAAAGAAACAGAUGGGAUCCUCAAUGGGAUGGAAAUAUUCAAGUUGAGCAACCCUGAUAACAAUCUAGCAAGCAUGAGGACCAUCGAAUUUGUACGGAGUUCCAGAUCUCAGAAACAAGGGGACAAAAAGACACAGUCUUUUGGCCGUAAGAAUGCAGUUGCAACGGCGCUGACUGUUAUAAUCACUUUGUUGAAUGUCACUGUGUAUUAUAUCAGGCGUCUUUCAGAAACUAGUGCCAGGAACUUGCGUUCGUCAUCCUCAGAAAAAUUUUGCCGCCUAUUUUCAAUUCAUGAGAUCCGAUCAGCAACCAACGAUUUCAGUCAUGAAUUCCUCAUUGGCAGUGGUGGAUAUGGUAGAGUGUAUAAAGGAAGCAUUGAUGGAGGAGCUACAACCGUUGCAAUUAAGCGAUUGAAAUCAGAGUCUAGGCAAGGCGAAAACGAGUUUUGGACAGAGAUAAAGAUGCUAUCCAGGCUCCGCCAUGAGCAUCUUGUCCCUCUGAUUGGUUACUGCAAUGAAGGUCAAGAGAUGAUACUGGUAUACGAGUAUAUGCCAAAAGGAACAGUUGCUGAUCAUCUUUACAAGAUUGGUAGGCAUGGUGGUUGUGCUCCUCCUCUCUCUUGGGAACAGCGGCUUAAGAUCUGUAUCGGUGCGGCACGUGGUUUGUACUUUCUUCACACCUCUCGACAGAGGGUAAUCCACCGGGAUGUGAAGAGCUCGAACAUUCUGCUGGACGAGAAUUGGGUGGCUAAGAUUUCAGACUUCGGCCUGUCAAAGAUGGGAGCACCUAACGAGUCAAUUACACAUAUCAGUACCAAUGUCAAAGGGACAUUUGGGUAUUUAGAUCCAGAGUAUUUCUUGACUCGCAAAUUGACACGAAAAUCUGACGUGUAUGCUUUUGGAGUGGUGCUGUUUGAAGUGCUGUCUGGAAGGCCAGCUGUGGACUUACGACUUGAAGAGGAGAAACACAGCUUAGCUGCGUGGGCACGAUACUGCAUGAGAAAGGGAAAAGUCGAUAACCUCAUCGACCGUAAUCUGAUAGGACAAAUCUCCCCAGCUUGCUUAAAGGUGUUUGUUGGAAUAGCAGGGAGGUGCGUGGAUACGCAUCCACAUGAACGGCCUGCUAUGGCUGAUGUUGUCAUACCCCUUGAGUUAGCAUUGGUGCUGCAACAGAGCCCAGGUUCCACAGAACAGGCAGAAGAAGACGAUGAUAUCAACAACGUUGCAAGAAGUUCCAGUGAACAAAGUGAUGGUGUUUUCUCAUUUGAUGAAUUAUCUGUUAACCCCUCCAAUGGAGGAAUGGAGCAGAACGUCUCCAAAGAGCUUUCAGGUGCUGCUCCUGGAACAAAAGAAACUUAUGUUCUCAAGAAUUCAAAGAAGGAUAACAGUUCCAACAAUGCAACAUCAUCAAGAUGGUGGUGGGAUCCAUUUGGGCUUGUGCCAAGAAGUCCAUCAAAAACGAAAGCUUCAGCACUACAUGAAGGGCUCCGCCAAUUCCACAUCCAAGAGAUACGAAAAGCCACCAAUAAUUUCCAGAACAGUUUCAUCGUUGGCUUUGGAGGCUUGGACAGUGUGUACAAGGGCCUUGUGGAUGAUAUCCCAAGAAUUGUGGCGGUCAGACGAUCAAGCAGUAGAGAAUCAAGACUUUCGAUGGCACGUGAAUUGCAAUCAAAGAUGGAAAUGGUCCCUUCACUAAAACAUGCUCAUGUCGUAACUCUGAUCGGUUAUUGCAAUGAUGAAGCUGAACUGAUGCUUGUGUACGAGUACAUGGCCAAUGGAAGCCUCCAUGAUCAUUUAUGUGACCCUAACAAGGAUCCACUCCCAUGGAAGCGGAGACUUCAAAUCUGCAUUGGCGUAGCAAGAGGAUUGUCCCAUCUCCAGUCCACUGUUAAACUAACGAAUCUCCACCGCAACUUGAAGUCAACCAACAUUUUGUUAGACGAGAACUGGGUGGCCAAGGUUUCAGACAUUGGGUUAUCCCGAAGAAGAGGAGUCAGUGGUGCGCAUACAAUUGUUAGAGGUGACUGGGGUUCUCUGGACUCAGACUAUAUACUGGAUGACAGAUUAACAGAAAAAUCUUACGUAUUCUCAUUUGGCUUGCUAAUGUUUGAGGUACUCUGUGCCACUAAAGAAUCAACUCAUUGGUUGGAUGAGGAUCAGGUAAGUCUGGCUCGGUGGAUAAAAUCAGGCAUGAGAAACAACCUCUCUGGCAACAUUGACCCAUGCCUAGCUGGUAAAAUUGCACCUGAAUGCUGUAGGAUAUUUGCAGAAACAGCCAUUAAAUGUCUGCUUGAUAAGGGUUAUGAACGACCAUCAAUGAAUGACAUAGUGGCAAGUCUUGAGGCUGCGCUUAAGCUGCAAGAAGCGUCAGACAAUGAUGAGGGUGUUUAAGUGCAAAGUAGCUGACAUGAUAAUGCAGUUCAGUUUUGUAUGAUGUUUACCAAUAUUGUUCACUUCAUUCUGUAAUUAUGUGUGCUAUUUAAUGCUAAUUAAGCUUGUUGUACGGAAAUUAUACGAUAGAUGGGAUGGUUACAAA